UACUCAUACAUUUCAUCUUCAUCCUAGGAAAGGUUUUUAUAACGCACACGGAAAAUAAGUUCAUCAAGAGUGCGGUUCAUGCAUGCUUAAGCGCAAUUGGUGGCAUUUUACAGUGUAAAAAAAAUAAGAAAGCAUGGCGAAUCAGAGAUAGACGCAUUUACAGGUGGAGAGCCAUCGGUGUCCUUUUCAUCGAUACACCCUGAAUCCUAUAAGAGGGCCUGCAGUCACUCCUGGAUGGACUAGAAGGACUUCAGCCACAUUCAAACAGGAACCAAAGAGAAAAGUUGCGCUCUCAGUCCAUGCAAACUUUUCUGAGAAGACGCGCAGCGCGUAAAACGCACGAAAAGGGAAGCAGGACAAGAAGAAGUUAAUUAAAAAGUCAUAAAAAGCUGAAGGGGUGUAAAGCAAACUUCUCGAAGACAACUUCUUGGACUUCUCAGAGCUGAACUGAACAAAGCGUUCUCCCAUGAGGCUGGAAGGUGCCAGAAUGGACUUGAUCAAAAAAAUAUGGACUGCUCGGAAACUCAUUCUCGUGGUGAUGAUUCCUCUAUCACUGCUGCCUCUGCCUCUCAUCCACCCGUGCAGUGAAUCAUCGUGUGCGUAUGUCCUGAUCGUGACAGCGGUGUACUGGGUAUCUGAAGCUGUGCCGCUGGGAGCCGCUGCGCUCGUCCCGGCCUUCCUCUACCCGCUGUUUGGGGUCCUCAAGUCCAGUGAGGUGGCCUCUGAGUAUUUUAAGGACACCACGCUGUUGCUGAUGGGGGUGAUCUGUCUGGCCGCCUCCAUUGAGAAGUGGAACCUACAUAAACGCAUCGCUCUGCGGAUGGUCAUGAUCGCCGGGGCCAAACCUGGCAUGCUGGUGUUGGGAUUCAUGUGCUGUACGGUGUUUCUCUCCAUGUGGCUGAGCAACACAUCCACCACGGCUAUGGUGAUGCCCAUCGCUGAAGCCGUGCUGCAGCAGCUCAUCUGCACCGGCAUCGCCGACUCCCUCGAAGACUCGCUGACCGUAUACACACAGGACGAGGAGAGCGACAAAGAGGAAAACCAAGAAUCGAGCAUGAAUCACCUUGAGCUGCUUGACCACAAACACAAUGAAAAACAUCAUGUCUGUAUGCUGAGUGAGGAGUUGAAUGGUCUGGCAUUAAAGCCUGGUUUCGGUCCAGAGUUUUGUAAAGAAUCAAACGGAUAUCUGCCCGAGGCUCCAAUUAGCAUCCCUGCUCCGCCAAAGAAACCCAAGAUCCGGCGGGAUUCGCUGUACCCCACCAAGAGAGACCACAUGAUCUGUAAGUGCCUGUCUCUGAGCAUCACGUACGCGGCCACCAUCGGCGGCCUCAUCACCAUCACCGGCACCUCCACCAACCUCAUCUUCGCCGAACAAUUCAACAAUCGUUACCCAGAAGCGAAAGUCAUCAACUUUGGCACGUGGUUCAUCUUCAGUCUGCCGAUCGCUCUGAUCAUGCUGAUGCUCACCUGGAUCUGGCUGCACUGUCUCUUUCUGGGAUGCAAUUUCAGAGAGACUUGCUCUCUCAGCAAGAAACGCAAAACCAGGCGAGAAAUCCUGUCCGAGAAGCGCAUUCAUGAGGAGUACCAUAAACUCGGUCCCAUCAGCUAUCCUGAAGUUGUGACGGGCAUCUUCUUCAUUCUGAUGACUGUACUUUGGUUCACCAGGGAGCCAGGAUUCGUCCCCGGCUGGACGACACUGUUUGAGAAGAAGGGCUACAGGACUGAUGCCACGGUGUCUGUGCUGCUGGGAUUCCUCCUCUUCCUCAUCCCGGCCCGAAAGCCCUGGCCAUCUGCGUUCUCCAGCGAGAGCAAAGGUGAUGAUGAUGAGGAGGAGGAAGAGGAUCCUCUGGCCCCCAUGAUCACGUGGAAAGACUUCCAGAGACUGAUGCCGUGGGAGAUUGUUAUUCUGGUGGGAGGAGGAUACGCACUGGCUGCUGGAUGCAAGGUGUCGGGUCUGUCCAUGUGGAUCGGCCGGCAGCUGGAGCCCAUGAGCGGUCUUCCUCCGUGGGCCGUGACACUGCUGGCCUGUCUCCUGGUGUCCGCCGUCACAGAGUUCGCCAGCAACCCGGCCACGCUCACAGUGUUCCUGCCCAUCCUCUCGGCCCUGUCUGAGACGCUGCACAUCAACCCUCUGCACACACUCAUCCCGGCCACCAUGUGUGUGUCCUUCGGCGUCAUGCUGCCGGUCGGAAACCCGCCGAACGCCAUCGUGUUCAGCUACGGACACGUGCAGAUCAGCGACAUGGUGAAGGCUGGUUUUGGAGUGAACCUGAUCGGGGUUUUUGUGGUGAUGUUGGCCAUCAUGACGUGGGGCGAGCCGCUCUUCCACCUGAGCGAGUUUCCCACCUGGGCUCUGAUGCCUAACGUCACGGGCAGCUUGUAGCUGUGUUUGAUCGAGGACAUUGCAUAUACACUGAAGGAGGCACAUAUACGUGAUUAAGGCCUUAUUUUUUAUAUCCAUGGAGUAAGAGAGGACGUCCAUCGGAGGAUGCAGAACUGCUCACUGGGACUGAAUGAACGGCGCGAUCGCUGGAAACCAUUCUAUAUAUAUCAACGCAAUAGAUGUAGAUUAACAUCUCUCCAAGUUUACGCGCCUACAAAACACAAUCAGAAAUGUUUGUGUGAAAACACAGAAUGUAACACAUCCGUAUGCUUUAUUUUCUGACAUCUAACAAAUGUCGUGAUACAUUUGCGUUAUUUAGUAGAGAGGUUUGAGGGAGAUUGUGCAUCAGAUGAAGUCGCUGCUGAAAUCAGGCAUAGUAUCUAACAUGCUCUUACCAAAUGUUACAUAGCUCAUGUGGUCUGUUUAUGGAAGAUAGUUUUAAAUGUUACACAAAAAUCCUCGCAAUCGUAAAUAUGUUUCUUUCCCCUGACAUAAUUAAACACUGUAUUUUUGGGUCA